AUGUUGAAGAAGACCUUUUUGUCACGCUUAAUAAUGUUUCCGAAACUUCACUUGCUGGCUGCUCAUGCAGUGGACUUUGCUAGAAGAAAUGGAUGGUGGUCUCUGGUAAAUGAACAAGGUUUAGAGAGUCUUCACGGCGUUUUCAAUAGAUUAGCACCACGUUAUGAAAAUGUUGGGGAUGAUGUUUUGUCAGCGGAGAAAUUGUUUAGGCAUCAAUGGAUGUUAAAUUGUUUGCACGAUAAAGGCAGAACAGAAAAUACGCAAGAAAACAUUCAAAUUAGGCAGAGGCGUUUAAGUUUUUAA